CAUUCACUCUCCCAAACACCCAAAUCCCUCUAAAUCUCCAAAACCCAUCCCUUAAACACUCAAAAACCAUCAAAUCCUUGCCUACCCAACACAAAUCCACAAGCUUUUUGCUCCAAUUUUCGUUGGGUUUUGCUGAGUUUUCUCUCUCAUGGCUUCAAGAAGGGCUGGAAGUAAAAGGAGACAAGUGGGUAGUUCUAGUGCCGGUGGUCAAGCACAAGAGGAAGGUAACAUCCCACAAUCAAAUCUCUUUUUGGAUACCCAAGCCUCUUCACAGGAACUUGGAUGGAAGAAUUAUAUAGAAAUUAAAGAGCCUGUGUAUUAUGAAGUUGUCCAUCAAUUUUAUGCUAAUCUGAAACCAAGAGGAAAUAAAUGCAAAACUAUGGUUGCUGGGGUGUCAUUUCAAUUUUCACCAAGGGAUAUUUGUGCUGCAUUAGAUAUACCCGACGGAGGAGAUGAUGAGUUUGAAGAUGUGAAUCAUGCUUUAGUUAGAGCCACAAUUGCCCCCAAUUGCACUGAAAAUCAAGUUAAAGUGGGGUUUCUUUCACCAGAAAAUAGAGCAUUGCAAUGGAUUAUAUCUCGCAUUAUUGCUCAGAGGAAGGGUUCUAAAUCUUAUGUUCUUGCCAGUGAUCUUCCCUGGUUUGACUAUCUUCUUAACGGAAAAAGGGUGAACCUAGGAAGAUACAUUUUCCGGAGCAUAAUCAAGUCUUACUCACCCACUACGGGACUUCCUCAUGGUGCUCUAAUUACCAGAUUGGCGAAGAGGAACAAUAUUGAUCUUACAUCAUUUAGGUUCGGAACGGUUCCCGGUGGGACUACACUUACCAAAGCUUCUUUUGAGAAAAUGGACUUUUUGUUUAGAAAUGGCACUUGGAUAAAGAAAGGGGAACAAGAAGGGGAUGAAGAAGAAGGUGAUACAGAUCAAGAAAUGGCAGAACAAGGGGCAGAAGAUCAUGAAGAUGACAGCCCAAGACCAUUUCGAGUCUCCAUGCAAAGGACAAACCGUGAAACCAUGGAGUUAAUGAUAUCUGAAAUGCAGCAGCUGCACACUGACUUUUAUGGUUUCCGGACAGAAAUGAGAGGAAAGCUUGAUCAGCUUAUUAACCAUUUUUUUCCUCCACCCCCACCUGAUGCCAACUGACUUGAUAUUUCUUUAGUUUGGCUAAUCUUUAGGAUGGACAUCUUAGGGUUAUGCAUGUUAUGUUUUAUUUGACAAUGGAUAUGUCUUGAACCUUGUUAUCUUGUUUUAUGAAUGGAAAUGGCAUCACUUGUGUUAACAUGCUUUGUGAAUGAUUGUUUAUGAUUUUGAUGAUAACAUGCUCUUAUUGAGGGGGAGUUUAUUAGUUGAUGAUUGUAUUAUAACUUUGGUUGUCUAUGGUGCUAUAUUGAUGAUUAUAUUCAUAUUCUUGAUGCUUUAAAGGUUGAUAGCAUGAAUUAAGGGGGAUUUUAUUG